AUGAGAUUGCACUGCCAGAGACUACGUUUUACCACCCUGUCCGUUAAACCGUGUUGGUGAGAUUGCUGUGAAAUGCUGUUUAAUUGUGCUUGACAGAAGCAUUAGAAACCAUACAAGGACAUCAGACUAAAGGAGCAGUGUGAUUAAAUGAAAACUGUAAGUUCUCUUGAAAUUACAUCCUUGAACUAAACUUUAGAAUACAGUUUAUCCUUCUCUGCUUGCUUUGUCUGUGGUAUUAACUGUCUCUCCCACUGUGAAUAUACAAGUUGAAGUAUCAAUCCCGACUUAUAGGUGCAAAGGCUAUGUUAUGUUUUGUGGGGGGCUGUUUUGUUGUUUUUUUGAAUAACAGAAUGGGCAAAGCAUAUAACAAUAACUGACAGAGAGUUAUGUUUGAAGCACUCAGUUCCAGGAUGGAGAGGUUAAUACAGCAAUGUGAUUUACCUACUCUUUUUUUUAAUUAUGGGACAUUGGUGCAAAUAUACUGAACUUUAUCAUCUCAGACCAUCUUUGCUCGUUUAUCUACCACAAUUAAAGGGACACCGUAUGAACCAAUAGUGGUUGGCAACGUGUAGGAGUGUAGUACAAUGUCUUGGCCAUAAGUAGCCGUGAGUUGGAGAUACUCCUAUUAACCCCUUAAGGACACAUGACAUGUGUGACAUGUCAUGAUUCCCUUUUAUUCCAGAAGUUUGGUCCUUAAGGGGUUAAUAGAACCGAAAUUUGUCACAGCGAUUAGGAAACAUGCUGUUGUAUUGCGAUUUCUGUGUAGGACAUUCUCAUUUACUAACUAGCUGUGCACUUAACAUAAGAAAAACAUUUCUACAUAGCACAUUUACAUUUAGAUAGUGCUGCGGAGGUAGGGUAAUAAACAAUAUAAUUGCCUGAUUUGUGCAAGCUACCCUGCAAAAAUGUGAAAUAUUUGCAUUUAAUUUAUACUAUUACAUUAUUUUCUUUAUUAUUUAAUUAAUUCAUUCAUUAUUACUGUCUACUCUGUUGCGGUUCCCUGUCUGCUCGUGGUUGCACACACUGUCAUAGCGCACACACACAAUUUGUCUGCCAUGAUCUCUACGUUCGCCUUUCACAGUACGUCUACUUCACUUAUUUUCAGUUAACCAUGAAUUAGUAUGUCCUUUUCUUUUUGUGUAGGCAGCAAAAAUAGGAAACAUCUUAACUCUACUUUGUACCAAUUUGUUGUGGUGUUUUUUGUUUUUUUUGUGGCAGUCCUGUGUACCCACAAUACGUAUUCACAGAAUUGAAAGUACAUUUUGUUUCUGUGGAAAUAUUGCCGGUGGUAAGACUGGGCCUUAACAGGCUGUCGUGACUUUGAUUCUAAUAAAAAAAAAAAGAAUGUCUAGCAAUCCUUGUAUGUAAAGAUCCCCCUUUACUCUUUUAUUAGUGCCCCAUCAAACCAAGUAAAGUCUUGAGACUGAGUCUCUAUCAAACUCUCAAAUCCACUGUAAAUGCUACAACAUUAAAACUAUGCAUUUGUAAACAUGAAGUGACCUGGUUAGCCCACAAUGAGUAACAUUACCAUUGUGAUAGUAGUCAUAGUGAUUAACAUUGAACUACCUGAAAGUGCAACAACUGUGAAUUAUUUAAUUACUCUUAUGUAAACCAUAUUACAGCAUCAUAAUUAAAAGUGCAUUGUUAAAAAGUGCAUUAUUAUAUGUGUAUUUAAAUAAAAAAACAAGCACCAAAAAAUGUAAAAAAAAAAAAAUGAAAAAUCAUAAAAACGAUUUUUAUAGAUGUAUUUAUUUAUGUUUUCAGAAAAUUCCCUGAGGAUACAAAACAAUAAAAGUAGUUUUUAAUUCAGUUUUUUUAAAUUAAUUUAACACGAGACUGACCCUUACUCUUUCGGCAGGAUUUAAUGGAAUCAGCCUGGAUUCAGUUUGAUGUUUCUAGCAAUACAGUUCGAUAUGAAACUACUUUGAUUCAGUUUGAUGAUUCUAGCAAUACAGUGCGAUAUGUAGGUAAGUGAGUACAUAACUUAAGAUGCAAAUGGUGAUACUGUAAACGUAUCAAACAUUAUGGCUCUCCGAACUUGAUCACACAAGUCCAGGGCAGUAGACUGACUCUAACAUCCUUUGAUCACAUUAGUACUCGUAAAAAGCUAUUGUAGGCAUCAUUUGUGUCCACUUGUUGACACUUGUAUUCUGUCAUGCUAUGCAAUUGGCAUAGCUGUAUUGCCUCAUAAGGUCUUCAUCCCUAUAUAAUAAUGUUGGAUGAAACAUGUAGGACCAUUUUUGAGGUUUUAUUUGUAUGUUUUUAAGUUAUACCCAAUUGGAAAAUAAAGUGGAAUUUUGGAUACCCGUCCUGGAUAUUAUCCCUGGUAAGGAUAUAUUGGAUAGCCUCCCAGAUAUCAAAGGGGAGGCACAGAGAGGUGAGGCAAAAUAACCAUCUGUUCUGUGAGUGCACUUCUAACUGCGCAGUGCUUUAUCCUGUUUUAACUGUAUUACACUGUGCCGUUAUCGUUUUUGUAGAUUAACAGCUGUAUUCCCUACUUACUAUAUAUUCCGGCUGUUUUACAAGUGGACAUAUGAUGGGAUAUCACCUGGGGAAAACUGUAUAUUUAAUAAUUAUACACAGGGGAGGGCUGGCAGCCUUAGGCCUGGGGGGCAAAACCCAUCAAGUGGCCCAUUGCACCACCAAAUCAGUUCACCAUCCUUUUCCUGGUUUUAUAACGGAUAUUGAUGUUAUGCUAUUCAGUAGCUCUUUGCCAUACCCGCUCCUUCACGGCUCUGACUUUCAAUGUUGUCAGAGCGCAGGCUGAGAAUAUCUGAGCCUGUGCUCUGACUCACUAACUGAGCGCCGGAACAUGAGGGAGAGGCUCUAAUCUGACUGCACCUACUGCUGGUGCGCACCAGUGGACCACCAGCGAAUCAUUUAAACUGAAUAGGCUGCUGUCCCCAACUUGUGAGCUGUGUUGUCCGCACAGCUUGCACACCCCAAUGGCUGGCCCUGCUUACACACACUGACGUUACUACUUAGACAUCCCUCAAUAUUAAUACAGACAUCAGAGUAAACACCAAUAAACUGUGGAAACAGAGCUGAUCCCCCCAAAUUUAUAAAGAUUUGCUUAGUGGAUUUGUUGUAAGAUUAAAUCAUGCCUCCUCCUCUCUAAUCACAAUCUCCCAGCACAGCGCCACCGGUGGCUGCAUGGGGAACAGCUGGUUAAUGUAAUGCUUGCAGGACGGCCAGCUGCUGCAGAACCUCUUUGUUAGAAACAUAGAAACAUAGAAUGUGACGGCAGAUAAGAACCAUUCGGCCCAUCUAGUCUGCCCAAUUUUCUAAAUACUUUCAUUAGUCCCUAGCCUUAUCUUAUAGUUAGGAUAGCCUUAUGCCUAUCCCACGCAUGCUUAAACUCCUUUACUGUGUUAACCUCUAACACUUCAGCUGGAAGGCUAUUCCAUACAUCCACUACCCUUUUCUAUCCUCUUUAUGUCCAUUUCAUUUUUCCUUCCCCCUGCUCUCUUCUCCUUUUCUUCCUGAGACAGAGGGCAGUUAAGCACAAAGGAAAACGAGUGGGGACACGGAGAAUAGAGGGAAUAGACCCAAGGGGAGUCUUAUCUAGGCCGACAUUUUAACCAUUUAGAUUAUCUCCUAGUCAGAAAUGUGAUAGUCCCUCUGUAACAUGGACUGAUCAUGUUUCUCCAAGUAGGAGAAAUAUUCUUUCUCCAUUUUUUUCUCUGCAACAUUAUCUCCUUUCAUCUUGCUGGCAUGCCAAGAGCUGCUUUAUCUGGUUUUGAGAAAGAUCCUUCUUGACUGUAAGAGGAUUCACGUAUCUUUUCAUACCUGCACAUGGUGGCUAUACCAGUGGAAUCUAAUUUGCAUUGUGCAAAUUACAAUUCCAGUCCUGAGUUCAGAUUUAUAUGGGCAAAUUCUAGCUUUGACACCUAUGGUGAUUUGAGAUGCCUCAAGCCAUUUUCUAUUUUGUAUUUCCACUUUUUUUUUUCUCGAGAAUCACAACGCUCUGCUAUAUGUUGACAUUUCUAAUAAGUAAUAUUUAGACUAUUGAAAUUUGCUCUGAAUUUUUGUUUAUAUUUCAGCAUUAAUAUCUAUCACUAACAGAAACUGUUCCCCACUUUUAGAUGAAUUAGACGCCUUCAGAUUACAUAGUCCAUCUACUCCUACGCUGAGAAAUUUUCGAAACUACCACCAUCGGAUUCUGAUUGCAAUUACAGACAUAAAUGAGGAGAAUUCGUGCGCACAUUUUGAGUCCUAUGCUGAUAACAAUGGUAAUUCAUGCAGACAUAUUUUUUACUUCUUAACCCUACUACCUUAGUGAUCGCACAGCUUUUAUCUUAUCCCCCACAUUGCUCUUUUUCCUGUGUUUUUGUACCUCGCCUCCAAUAUUUAGUAAAUUUGUUCAACCAUUGUCAAUACGCACCUAAUUUCUUGUUAACAUUUGUUUUUGUUUUUUUCAUCUGUUAUUCUGCAGUUUUGAAUGGUAAUGUGAAUAUGUUGAGCUCUACUGUCUUUUAAAUACAUAUAACAGGCAGUAAUACAAAGGAACACUUUAUGCAUAAAGGGAUAUUCCAAACACCAGAAACUGUUCUGCUACGAAUAAGAAAAAUGGCAUUUUGUUUUGUUAUUCAUUCCGAGACAAAAAAAAAGAAAUAAUCUCAAUGUGAAAGAAUAAAAUGGACAAAAAUAACAACAGAAACAUUGCUAAAGCAUUCCUAAAUACUUUUAUAUAUUUAGCCACAUAUUAACAAAAUGGCUCUAUCACUUAAUACUCGUCGAUCCUAUGAUAGGAUUCAUAGCGGAACAUAACAUAGCCAACAUGUUUGAUUUAACAUCUUUGGUAGGUUCGCUACUUUUUGCAACCUUAAAUUAAGACUAUCUCACAAUAUUAUCAAGUUAUACCUGACUGGCAUUCAAUAUCACGUGUUCUCUACUUUUCCAAACAAUUCCAAUUUCAUAUAAUCCUAUCCAAUAAAGGCUAUACUUAAAGGUAUACAAGCAACCUAUACAGGAAUGCGGAAGACUUUUGUCAAAAUGUCCUCAUAAUGUAAUAUACAUUGUGUUAUGUUCAUUGUCUAAAUAAAUAUACAACAGCAUUGUAUUCUCUCCUUUUUGCCCACUUUUAUUUCCAGACCUACCGCAUUGUCGGUUCCGGCACACUUCAACCGACAUUUUUCCUAUAACAAGUUAAGUCACAGCGCAAUCUUGUAUCAUCAAUAUUGAUGUUGCCUCGAACACAAAUGUUAAGGCUUUGCCUGGAGUUGUGGGAGAGGCUUGGUGUUACCUAUAAAAGGGACUCCUCCCUUUCUUACUCUACCGUUAAUGGUCUGGCAAGUAUCCAAGAGUAUCCAAUAGUAGCAGAAAUCUAUUACCUAUUCCUCCUAAAGGUAUAUUACCUAAUUGCCCUGAGUAAUAUGUAUAAGUAGGAGAAAUCUAUUACCUAUUCGGACUAAAGGUAAUGGUAGCAGAAAUCUAUUACCUAUUAACCUUGAGUAAUAGGUAAAAAAGUUGCAGAACUCUAUUACCUAUUCAGCCUGAGUAAUAGGUAAUAGUAGAAUAAAUCUAUUACCUAUUCAACUUGAGUAAUUGGUAAAUAGUUAAAGAAAUCUAUUACAUACUCACCCUGAAGGUAAUAGUAGCAGAAAUCUAUUACCUAUUUACCCUGAGUAAAAGGUAAUAGUAGGAUAAAUCUAUAAUCUAUUCACCCCGAGUAAUGGGUAAUAGCAGGAUAAAUCUAUUACCUAUUUACCCUGAGUACUAAAUAGCAGGAUAAAUCUAUUACCUAUUUACCCUGAGUAAAAGGUAAUAGUAGGAUAAAUCUAUUACCUAUUUACCCUGAGUACUAGGUAAUAGUAGGAUAAAUCUAUUACCUAUUUACCCUGAGUACUAGGUAAUAGUAGGAUAAAUCUAUUACCUAUUUACCCUGAGUACUAGGUAAUAGUAGGAUAAAUCUAUUACCUAUUUACCCUGAGUACUAGGUAAUAGUAGGAUAAAUCUAUUACCUAUUUACCCUGAGUACUAGGUAAUAGUAGGAUAAAUCUAUUACCUAUUUACCCUGAGUACUAGGUAAUAGUAGGAUAAAUCUAUUACCUAUUUACCCUGAGUACUAGGUAAUAGUAGGAUAAAUCUAUUACCUAUUUACCCUGAGUACUAGGUAAUAGUAGGAUAAAUCUAUUACCUAUUUACCCUGAGUACUAGGUAAUAGUAGGAUAAAUCUAUUACCUAUUUACCCUGAGUACUAGGGAAUAGUAGGAUAAAUCUAUUAAUAGAAAAAACGAAGAAUGAAUAGAGCUGUAUAAUCCUUCUGUAUAAGAAGGGGGACUGCGGCUCUAGAGAGAUUAGCGUAGAUUCCUAUGGUACAGGAGUACCAUUAGGGUUAGCUAUCUUUAUCUUUGGUGUCUCAGUGUUUCCUUAGCUCUACGGACUAUUUUUUCUAUAUUGAGUGUCACUGUGUGUUUGGGGGAGGAUUUUUCUUUUUCUUAGCUUGACCCUCUCUGGAGUCUUUAGAGGUUGGGGGCGAUAUAUUUCUUAUAGGCCCCGCUGGGAGGGUUUUUGGGAUUAUCUAUUCCUUUUCCCCAGUAAACACUUUCCCGUCCCCUCCCCUCCCCUUUCUCCCACCAUACCUGGCUUACUGUAACUUACCCUAUCCAGUUACUAUCUGGAUUAUGGUAUCUCUCUGUAUUUAGAGCUACAUCUUGAUAUACCCUUGUUACAAGGGUCUCCUUCAUUUGUAUAGGAUAAAUCUAUUACCUAUUCAGGUGAUAAUUAAAUAAAUCUAUUUUAUUCACUCUGAGUAAUAGGUAAUAGUAGAAGAAAUCUAUUGUCUGUUAGUCAGGGUUAAUUUACUUUUGCAUUGUCUGAAAAAUAUAGCACUGUAACUACAUGUGUUUUAUAAAAUCUAAUGGCAGCUAUUAUAAAAGGAUUUGAGUGACAACGGAUAUUUGCAUAAAGUAGGGCUUUUUCUCUAAGCAGAUAAUGAUUUCAAACACUGUUGGCCACCAAACUGUGCCUUGCGGGGGAUGCAUGGAUGGCAUCAUCUAACGUACACUACUUGUGCAGUGGCCUAGUCACACUAUAUCUUGAACUUCAGCCUUGGUUUCCGUUCUGUUCAGUGAGAGGAGUCAUGUAAACCACUAAGUUCUUCCACUGUCUCUCUGUAUUUCAUUUCACAUCAACCCAACAUGAAAAAGACGCCAAGUAGACUAGCAUGUACACUUUGUGGAAAUCUAUCUAUGGAGAGUCUGUGUAACUAUGCAUUUUUUCAUUUUAUUUUUUUCAUAGCCAACAGAAAUAAAGAUAAUUAUUGUUAAAUUAUAUACAGAAAUGAAGGAAAGCAUUUCAUCUUUUGGCUCGGACCAUCAGUUACUCUUAUUUUCCCAGUGGCGUACAUACCGGGGUCACAGCUGCGACCGGGCCAGGCCCAACAGGGGGCCAGGCCGCCCUGCGACCCAGUAUGUAUGCCAGUGUAGCCAGCCUCUUCUCCUGGGGGGCCCAGUAGCUGGCCACCUCAGGGCUCCCCGAGGCUGGCCCUGGUGUCACCCGGUGGGCAGGCUGGCGGGCGCGCGAGGGAGCACUCUCCCCUGAGUGCUCCCUCUUCAGCUCCCAUGCGCACCGCACUGAUGCCGGAGCUGGAAGAGAGUGCCUGCCGGGUGACACCACUGGACCCCAGGGAAUCCCCUCAGCUCUCCCAAAGGUAGGAAGGCUGGGGAGAUUAAAUUUAAAAAAAAAACGUGUGUGUUAGAGUGUGUGUGUGUGUGUGUUAGAGUGUGUGAGUGUGUUAGAGUUUGUGUGUGUGUUUGUGUGUGUGUGUUAGUGUUAGAGAGUGUGUGUGUGUUUGUGUUAGAGUGUGUCAGUUACUGUGUGUGUCUGUUACUGAGUGUGUUAGUUUGUGUGCGUCUGUCAGUGAGUGUGUUUGUAUGUCUGUCACUGAGUGUGUGUCUGUCAGUAAAUGUGUGUGUCUGUUAGCUAGUGUGUAUGCGUCUGUUCAUGAGAGUGUGUGUGUGUUAAUCACUUACCUUUCUCCAGUGCUGGACUCCCUUGGCGCUGGGGAUCUCUCCGCCCCGAUCCACCUCUCAGCUCCGAAUGCGCAUGCGUGGCAAGACCCGCGCGCACAUUCAAACUGCCCAUAGGAAAGCAUUACUCAAUGCUUUCCUAUGACCGUUCAGCGUCUUCUUACUGUGAUUUUCACAGUGAGAAUCGCGGGCGCUCCUCUAGCGGCUGUCAAUGAGACAGCCACUAGAGGCUGUAUUAACCCUCAGUGAAACAUAGCAGUUUCUCUAUCAUUGAGCUGAUGUAAUCUGGGUGUCUGUAGUGGUCCUUUAAGUGUAUGUGUAUCUGCAUGCACUGGCGUACAUACCACGCCAUGUGUUGCGGCCACAGACCGCGCAGUGCGCGUGGGGGGCAUGGAUCAGUUUUUGCCCCGGGGCCCCAUGGGUUGUGUGUACGCCACUGUAUUUUCUUAUGAUUGACAAUAAGCAAGGAAAGUUAAUAUAAAUAAUAAUAAUUAAAAAAAAGAAAUUUGAUGUUGUAGACAAAACAAAAAGACCUGUAUGUUGAUUCUUACCACUGUCAGCUGAUACAGUGAACAUCUCAUUUGAAUAAUUCCAUUUAGUUGGGUAAUAAUAAGAUCAAGAUAUACCUGGAAACAUUUCAUAGUUAGAUUCUAGUUACAUAAUUUGCUAUUUAUAUCUUACAUUUAAUUGGUUUCCUUUUGUUUUUUUCAGACACACAUGCAAAGUUCUUCCUACACAAAUACAGAGAAACAGGCCCACAUCACAAUGGCAUACCUGUACUCUUCACCCUUGAAAAAGACAGUAAGAACUAUAUUAUGUACUGUACCAACGAUAACUCCAUCCAUUUUAAAGUGAGUAUACAGACACUUCCCUUAUAACCAUGAUUGCUAUUUUCAAAUAUGUCUUUAAUAAGAUUACUCUUUUCAUUUGCUAUCAUUAUGAGAUUCACAGAUCAUAAUAGGAACUAUGGUAGACAUAGGACAUGGUUUGGAGUGGGGACAUGGUGGAAGGGGUAUAAGUAACUAUAUUAGGGUGGGGGCCAUACAAUUAACCUUGGGAUAAAGCCCCAACUUCAAAGGGUCUGUAUGGCCAAAACGAUAGUCUGAAUUUGUAUCCCAUCUUCCCUUCUUCCAAAUUCCAAGUAAAGAAUGUUGAGGGUUUCCCCAUUCUUAGAGAAUGCCUUUUAUCAUCUGACCAGCUUUUCUUCAUUGAGUCUCAAUAUCUCUUACAAGAAGUCACUAAAAGCCUACUGUUUCAGGCAAGCAUGACUACUAAUUAAUUGAAUUGAACUAAUUGAAUUCCCUCCCUAAAAUAGUAAGCACACAUGUGACGGACCACCUGGGUACCUCUGUCAAUCGCGGCUUCCUAGUACUAAUGAGUACCAUAAGCACUGCGCUGAAACACCAUAACUACUAAAACCCCACGAACCACUGCAGCUUGGUUGGGAUCUCGCUGUUUCCCACCCACCCUGGACCUAUGACUAGGAUCCAGCUUCCAGUGGGUAGACCUCUCUUAGUCCAGAGAGUGUAGCAGGAACAAGCUCUUACAAGAGCUUAGUGAUUAUACUAAGUGGAGUAUAGUGAUUAUAGCAAUCCCCAGAGUGUAGUUCUCCAAUCCCCCAAACAUGAGCCGAAACUUCAUGAAGGUGCAAGAUGAUCUGAGCUUUUUAUGGUUCAGGUUGGCUUUUAUACAAUUCUCCAGGCCAGAGGAACACCCCCUGGACCUGAUGGGGCACAGGAACACAAAGGGCAUAAACCAAUCAGAACAAACAUACAGUCUGUGACACGCCCAUGUACAGCACACAAUCCCUCCCCUCUGCUUGGGAGAUAAUUGAGAAAAGUCCUGUAAGUAACUCAAUGAUCUCCAAGCAGGAAAACCACAUUUUCACAAGGUUCAGAAAGUACCCCAAAACAUAACAUACCCCCAAAAACCCAGAUCAGAGCAGGGGUUCAAAAGUUUCAUGGAAGUCUCUUUUUGACCGUCCGCAAGCAUGGUUUCAGGCCCAAAACAGUUCCAGAUAAUCAGGGCUUGCCGCCGGUCUAGUUCGGUAGUUUGCAAACGAACAAACUACCGAACUGAGUCAAUAGUCUUACUCUGGGGCUUGUUCCCUUCAUCCAGACGAAUUAUCUCAUCGAACAGUGGCCUUCUAAGCUGAAUAGAAACAAACGCAGGUGAUGAUGGAAGUUCAGCGGUGUUCGGGUGUUUCUGUAUUCAUGCCCAGACACCGCUGUCUGCAUUCAUGUGAACAAGAUGGCCGCCACCUCGUGGUUGUUCAUAGGAAUCACAGCCACCCAGACGAACAAUUAGAACACUGCGGUGAGAAACGUUCCAAGCUGUUAAUAGGUGUUAACAAGCUCCAGGGUGGUCUCUGUUCGUGUAGUUGUUUGGUAAACGAACCAUAUGGUCCCAAUUGCACAAACAGAGCCUGUUUGGAGUACAUUAGCCAGUUCUAUUGCAGGGGCCACAGUCACAGGGUAGGAGGCUGGCAAACAGGCCCCUCCAAAAACUUGUGGCAAACUCACAGAAAAAGGGGAGCUUGUCACAACAUGUUUCACCCAACAUAACUUAGCCUACCUCUGUCUGCUCUUAGCCUAUUUUAACCCCUUUUUAUCAUAACUACCAAGUAUUGUAUAAUUAUCAGUAUUUAUUUAUUUUGAACACUGCUAAUCUACUUUCUGUCAUCGAAACCCUGAUUUUCUUUAGACCGACAUGGUUAAUUGUCACAAAUUUAAGCUAAAUUGGAGAAAUUCUGCAUAUCAGCUACUUUUCAUUUAAGCUACAAUGGCUUAAAAUUUGUAAGCUUUUUUUUCAUAAUUACUUGCACGUUUUCCCUUAGCAGUGUAUGUUAGUAUAUUACAAGCAAUAUACUUAUAACAGCAAAUUGUUAAAAAAAAAAACUUUUUUUUUUAUCUCUUUUACAGGUAAAAGAAUUGCCAAAGGAAAUACCUUCAAGUAAAAGUAAAUAUAUUUUUUACCAGAAAACAUUUUCACCUGGACAAAGUUGUAUAUGCUUUGAGUCGUCUUUAAAACAAGAUUUUUAUCUUUCAUUUCUGAAAGAAAACAACGUCCAAAAACUAAUAUUAAAGCACUGUCCUCGGGGGAAAUUAGAUGAAACCAUAAAAAUGUACAGUAGUGAUCCAAAUCUGUAA